GGUUUUUUUUUUUCAGUUUGUUCUUCUUGAUUAAUUUAAUCUAUUAAAUGCUCUCUUCAUCGAUUGAAAUUGUAAUUCAAGGCAUAAUAGUGAAGGCCCACGUCAUCAAAGAAGAUAAGCAUCGAUCAUGUGUAGCGAAGAUGCGAGACAUAUUCCAGCCAUUUACAGAGGUGAUCCAACAACGCUUUCGGUCAUGUGCAGAGACGCUUCAACUAACGGAUCAAGAGAUCCGAUACAGGAUGCAACAGACGGUUCAAGAGACUGAAGAGACGAAUCUAGAGAAUCAACAGACGAUUCAAGAGAUUGGACAGACGAAUCAAGAAACGAAUGGAGAUGUUCAAGAAUUAUCAUUUAUAGGCAAAUGCGCUUUUCUGUUAGUAAUAGUGUCAACCAUAAUUAUGGGGUGUCCACUUGAGAUAUCAUUUUUUUUAAUUGGGUUGGCCGUCAGAAUCACGCUUUCAGUGCUACUGAUCCUUGGUAAACUGAUUCUUGUGGCUCUACGCCUACUGGUUUCAAUGCUCUCAAGGAUCCUUGCAAAGAAUAUAUAUGCUGGAAAGUUGAUGGAUAACUAUGCCUGUGAGGUUAUAUGUUUAAUAUGUCAGCCAUUAUCAAAAUUAGAUCAGAACCUUUUUGUGCAAAGUAGAGCAGUGGAGGCAAUCUUCCAGGCUAUCCAGAACGACAUCCCAGUCAUUGUGAAAGAAAUUACAAAAGCUAAUAAAAAUAUUUUGUGGAGAAGCUCAAAUCUUGAAGAUUUAAGAAAAAUAUUUGCUUGUGCUGUAGCACAUCGUCAAGAGGAGGUGGCACGCCUUCUUUAUGAAUUUGCAAAGAAGGAUACAAACAUGGGUAUUACCAUGGAUAAAGAUGGAAAUACCAUAUUACAUCUAGCAGCAAAGUUAGCCCCUCCUUAUCAAUUAGGUUGCAUCUCUGGUUCAGCUUUUCAGUUGCAAAGUGAACUACGUUGGUUCAAGGGGGUAGGAGAAAUUGUUCCACGAUCUUACCACAAACACAAAAACAAGAAGAGGGAAACUCCUCUGGAAGUAUUUGUUAGAGAACACCAGGAUUUGCUAAAAGAAGCAGAGGAAUGGGGGAAGAAAACAGCAGAAUCUUCUACAGUUGUUGGUGCUCUUAUUAUUACAAUUAUGUUUGCAGUGGCUUUUACUGUUCCUGGUGGGAAUGAUCAAAGUACAGGUUUUCCCAUACUUUCGCACAAAACUCCGAUACCGUUUAUGAUAUUUAUGGUAUCAGAUGCACUCUCUCUUUUUGCUGCAUCCAGUUCAGUGAUAAUAUUUUUGGGGAUUCUGACUGCGCAUCAUGCGGCUGAGGAUUACCGCAAAUACUCCCUCGUGAUUAACGGCCUUGCUUAUCUCUUCAUCUCUAUUGCAACAAUGACCAUAGCAUUUUGUGCUGCUCUUUUCAUCACGCUACAAGGUCGAUUGGUGGUAGUCAUUCCUAUAACACUGGUUGCUGGUAUUCCUAUCAAAUGGUUCGUGCAGUUGCAAUUUCCUCUUCUGGUUGACAUUUUUUGUUUGACUCUUGGGCCAAACAUUUUUGGUAGGAGAGAAGCAUCCUGGAUGAGCAGAAGGACAGCAGACAUGAUCGCUUUGUGGCUGAGGGGCUAUAGGCGCUUUAAAUAAAUGAUUUUUUUUUUUUUUUAAAUACAUGCAUGUUGCUUUGAACAAAUGAUUGUAGUCAUAGAUAUCUAACUAUGCUUUGACUGUUGGUUAUUGUUGGUUGAUUAAUUGUACUUAUAUAUUUGCUUAGAUGUAAUAAGCAUUGGGUGGAUAU